ACUUCGUGUUUCGCAGUGUGUAUGAAAAGUGGAACAUCUUUUGAUGCUUGCUUGCGUUUGUUGUCGCGCGAAAUUGAGUUAGGUUGUGGCUUGGAUCUUUUGUAUUGCUGAUGUUUCGUAAGCUGCUUACUUUGGUAAUAGUACAGAGAGACAGAGAAAUUCUGUUAGGAUUAAAGAAGAGAGGAUUUGGAAAAGGGAAGUGGAAUGGCUUUGGAGGGAAAGUUGAACCUGGCGAAACAAUACAGUGUGCUGCUGCAAGAGAAUUGCAAGAAGAAAGUGGAUUGACAGCACUAGAUUUGGAACAUGUAGGAGUAAUAGAUUUUGAAUUUGUGGGUGACAUGACAAUUCUAGAGGUACAUGUGUUUAAAACCCAUGAAUGGUCAGGAAAUGUCUCAGAAUCAGAUGAAAUGUUGCCAAAGUGGUAUUCAAUUGACGAGAUACCAUUUGAUAAGAUGUGGGCUGAUGAUCGACACUGGUUACCACUAAUACUUCAAGGGCAUAAGAUCAAAGGUUACUUUCUGUUUGAAGGUCAUAGCACAAUUCUGCGUCAUGAUUUGAACAUUGUGACAGAGUGAAGUUAGUGUAUUUGAAAAAUAAAGGAAAUUGUUUCAGA